GAGACAGUGUGGCAACGCUAAAACACAACAGCUGUUUUGAGAAGCUUGUAGCAAAUUAAACGUUUUGCUUACAACAAAUAGCCGCAAAAGAAUAAUAAACUCAAGUGCAAAUAUGUCGUUAGCGGAUGAGCUACUUGCAGAUCUGGAGGAGGACAAUGACAAUGACAUCGAUGAUGCGGAAAUAGCCGAUGCAGACGAUGUGGAGCAGGCAACACUCACCGAGGAGCUUGCCGAAAAGUUGCUGAAGCCAACGCCAAAUCUGAUGGAAGUCGAUGUUUCCGUUCAAUCUGUGCGAGAGUUGUGCAAGCUGCGCGAUUCGGAUCGCUUGCAGAACACUCUCAAGCAGAUCGAGCAUUAUGCGAGCAGGCAGCGCACCGCUGCCGAAAUGCUUGGCAGCGUGGAAUCCGAUCCGGAAUAUUGCCUCAUUGUAGAUGCGAAUGCAAUUGCCGUGGAUAUUGACAAUGAGAUAUCCAUCGUACACAAGUUCACCAAGGAUAAGUAUCAGAAACGAUUCCCCGAGCUCGACUCACUGAUUGUGGGUGAAAUUGAGUAUUUGCUGGCCGUCAAAGAGCUGGGCAACGAUUUGGAUCAAGUGAAGAGCAAUGAGAAACUGCAGGCGAUACUCACUCAGGCCACCAUUAUGAUUGUCUCCGUCACUGCAUCCACCACACAGGGCACCAUGUUGACGCCAGCGGAGAAGGCUAAAAUCGAUGAGGCCUGCGAAAUGGCGAUUGAACUCAACAAUUUCAAAUCGAAGAUCUACGAGUAUGUUGAAAGCCGCAUGACCUUCAUAGCGCCCAAUCUUUCCAUGAUAGUGGGCGCCUCCACUGCAGCCAAGCUCCUGGGCAUUGCCGGCGGCCUGACCAAACUCUCCAAAAUGCCUGCCUGCAAUGUGCAGGUGUUGGGCUCCCAAAAGAAGACGCUUUCGGGCUUCUCGCAGACGCAAAUGUUGCCACACACGGGCUACGUUUACUACUCCCAGACUGUGCAGGAUACCGCGCCGGAUCUGCGACGCAAGGCAGCGCGUCUUGUGGCCGCCAAGGCGGUGCUGGCAGCACGUGUCGAUGCCUGCCACGAGAGCGUGCAUGGCGAAAUUGGACUCAAGUUCAAGGAGGACAUUGAAAAGAAAUUGGACAAAUUGCAGGAGCCGCCGCCGGUAAAGUUCAUCAAACCGCUGCCUAAACCCAUCGAGGGCAGCAAGAAGAAGCGCGGCGGCAAGCGUGUGCGCAAGAUGAAGGAACGCUACGCUCUCACCGAAUUCCGAAAGCAGGCAAACCGCAUGAACUUUGGCGAUAUCGAGGAAGAUGCGUAUCAGGGCGAUUUGGGUUACUCGCGCGGCACAAUUGGCAAGACGGGCACGGGUCGCAUCCGCUUGCCGCAGCUGGAUGAGAAGACGAAGGUCCGCAUUAGCAAGACGCUGCAAAAGAAUCUGCAGAAGCAGCAGGUCUACGGCGGCAACACGACAGUGAAGCGCCAAAUCUCUGGCACAGCGUCCAGUGUGGCGUUUACUCCGCUGCAAGGCCUGGAAAUCGUCAAUCCACAAGCGGCGGAGCGAUCUCACACGGAGGCCAAAUAUUUCUCGAAUACAUCCGGCUUUUUGUCCGUGGGCAAACGGACAACUUAAAUCAAUUAUUGUUUAUAUUUUCCUAUAAAAUCAAGCACAUUUAUUUAAAUAGUUGUCUGCAAUGUGAGAAAUGAGUUUCGGAAUAGAGUUAGGCCUAAUAAAGCUGGAGAGAUUCUUGAAA